AUGGGGCUGAGUCUGAGUGGAUGGGACUUGGAAGAUGGGGCUCAGUGGAUGGGGCUGGGUGGGGGAUGGGGGGCUGAGUGGAUGGGGCUGAGUGGAGUGGAUGGGGCUCAGUUGGAUGGGGCUAGUGGAUGGGUGGGUGGAGGGGCUCCGAAUGGGGCUGUGGAGGGGCUCAGUGGAGGGCUGGUGGAUGGGGCUCAGUGGAUGGGGCUGAUGUGGAUGGGGCUGGGUGGAUGGGCUCAGUGGAUGGCUGGUGGAUGGCGUGGAUGGGCUGUGAUGGGGUGGAGGGCUGUGGAUGGGGCUCCGUGGGGGGGUGAUGGGGCUUGGAGGGGCUAUUGGGCUGUGGGGGCUCAGUGGAUGGGGCUCAGUGGAUGGGGCUGGUGGUUGGGGCUGGGAUGGGGCUGUGGAUGGGGCUCCGUGGAUGGGGCUCCGUGGAUGGGAGUGGAUGGGGCUGGUGGAUGGGGCUGGGUGGAUGGGCUAUAUUGGGGCAGUGGAUGGGGCUCAGUGGAGGGGCUCAGCGGGCUGAGGGAUGGGACUCAGGCUAAGGAAGCCAGCGUUAGAGAGUCGCUAGUUACCUCUGCGCCUCUGAGACUAGUUCCGCCCGGGGAUGGUCUGGCCGGCGAACGCUAUUAG